AUGGCGCGUACCGUUGAGGAGAAUCUACUUGAAAAGAUGCGUGAGAUGGACGACAACUUCAGAGCAAAGGUGACUCUUCUUCAACAAGCAGAGGAUGAGCUAGCGAGGACUCGAAAUGAGCGCCCUCAUACUCGGAUGGACCAAGCCCGUUACCGAGCGACCUCCAUCCUUCCUCAGCCAGAUCUUACAAGCUUCCAACCAACCAUUAAUCCUCUUCCACAGCCUCCAGAACCCGUGAUACCUGAUCGUCUCACUACGAUAAGUCGGCCUUACGGCCAGCCACAUGGUCGCUCUCCUUCGGAAGCUGCAUCUAUCCCCGAGCGCACCGGGUCCCGUAUGAGUACGGUGCGAGUACGCGCUCGUUCUAUCACCACUCCUGACCCUCUCGUCGCGAUGGCGGAGGAACAGGAUGAGUUGCGCCGUGAUCGUUCGCUGCGUCCUCAAAUUGUUCCUGGUGCCCCCGCUACACAGAAAGUGAUACCGCCACCUCCAACGAAGGAGUCAGAACGUGACAGGCGUAGACGUGCCCGCAGCGAAGUGCCACGUUCCGAUUCCUCUGACUCUGUACAUGAAUCGUCGUCAUCUGGGCCUUCUAGGACAAAUGGAUCGAGUGCCGUUACCAGCGCUAGCUCUGGUAAUGGUUCCGGUAAUAGUGAUUCCAGUAUGCCAGUUUCAUAUGGGUACCAGUACGGAUUUGCUCCUGGCCAUGGGUACGGCUGGUAUCCUGUGCAGAUGCCGGCCAUGCCGCCUAGGUCCGAUACUUCUGCAGAUUCUUCCAACAUCGCCAAUGGAUAUCACGCACCCACUUCUAUCACUUCUGUAUUCAGAAACCCCACUGUCGAACAUGUUACAAGAAACCGCAACGGAUUCACCGCACCGGAUUCGCGUGGUCAAGAGUGGGGACAAAACAAUGGAAGACUUCCUGGCCGCGUUACAUCACCGUCUGUAGCUCCACCAGCUGUAGAGCCGUCCGAGCACUCUCAUGCAACUCGCAACUCGAAUGCUAGUUCCAUCUCGGGGGACAGUUUCCAGGCCAUGUCGUUACUGGGCCCACCACAGGGUGUUCAAGCUGACGAGCGUGACCAGUCAGAUCGCCGUGAAAUGCUAGAUCUUCUCGGCGUCACUACGUCGAUUCACACUUCGGAGCCUUCUCCCGCGACGACAUGGGGCACCAUGAAUUCCGCGGAGGCAUCGUCGCGGAAUUCUACAAAUCCUAGUCUUGGUGAUCUUGGCCUGAUUGGGCUGCCCAGUCCAAUGCAAGAUUCGCCUCGAGACCCACUCGACGAUCGCGACGACUCGUCGGAUGACGGCGAGAUUGCGGACGACGAGUUCGUGACCCCGAGGAGACAGACUUUGCCUUACAAUGAAAUGGGCUCUCUAACAGAGCGAAUCCAGCCUGCGCAACCUGGUCAAGGGCUGGGAUUGGCGUUGGGUCCAAAUCGAGCUCCUACGAGCCAGGUCCUUAACGGAGCACUCAUUCACGGACAGCAAGAUUUGCAGAGGUUGAAUCAUUCGCUCUUACAGCUCGCAGAUCGAGAGGGGCAAGCGUCUCGGGCAUCACACCACGGCUCGCGAGACCCCCCAGUCCCUGUUUCUGGCCGAGAAACUGUGGAGCCGAUUUUGGGUGCGCGAACAGGGGUACCUCUGUAUGAUUCUCGCCCUCAGUCCACACGUGGCAUACAGGGCACGCCGUCCUCUAUCCACACGUCGUACUCGAGAGCACGGGAUCGCGGAAGCGUGAGUGACACGGAGCACAUCUACCCACGACCUUCCCAGCACCACACCCGACGGAACUCAUCCAUCUCCGGUCAUGCUGUGAUACCACCAGCCGUCGUCUACAACGGCUACCCCAAUGCCACGCCGCGGAGGCCGUCUGCAGCCCCCCGCAUAUCCGAUCGCGAGGUUCGAUUUGAGUCUCCGGUGGGAGGCCCGUCUCACAGAGAGCGAAGAGGGCAUGCAGCGACUCCCGUGACCGCCAGAGCGUCCGCGGCAGACGUGAAUGGAUUUGUCCCUGCGCUUGGCCAGAGCUCCCUUCUCCUCUCAUUCCCAACUGGGCCGACUAAUACCUCCGCUGCCGUGGACGGGCGUGGUGAGGAUGCUGGCAUCCAUGCACCCGCUCCGCGGCCCGUCAAUAGCAGGAACGGUAGUCUCUUUGGCCUGUGGAACGCACGGAGCGGAAGGUGA